AAGUCAGCCGACGUUUCCAACUUCACUUGCUCCUUUUUGGACCUCUGACCUCAACGAAGUCAUCAUUGGACUCUCCUCUCUUCAAUGGCAUCAAGACUUCCACUUCUCCACUCUCCGGUUGUCCCAUUCCGCCGGCCAUGUUUCGUUUCCCGCCAAAAUUCUCCUACUACCACUGCUAACCCCACCAGAAGAACGUUACUAUCAGCAAAUUACGGGAACCAGACAUCAUUUCUUUCACCUCAAAAGAACCCGAAUUUGAUUCGAUCUUCUGUAACUGUUAGAUCCAAUAUGAUUCUGAAUUUCCCUCUUAUUUCCCCUACUGAUCCAUGGGGUAUGUGGACUGCUCUCUUCGCCACUGGCGCUUUCGGUAUCUGGUCAGAGAGGACCAAGAUUGGAAGUGCAUUGAGUGGUGCAUUAGUGAGUACUUUAGUUGGACUAGCAGCUAGUAAUUUGGGAAUUAUUUCAUGUGAAUCUCCUGCUUAUUCUACUGUACUGAAGUUUCUACUACCAUUGGCUGUUCCAUUGUUGCUGUUUAGAGCUGAUUUGCGACGUGUAAUUCAGUCUACUGGGACUCUUCUCUUGGCUUUCUUGUUAGGAUCAGUUGCGACAACAGUUGGAACAGUAUUAGCCUAUAUGAUGGUGCCAAUGCGAGCACUAGGUCAGGAUAGUUGGAAAAUAGCAGCUGCUCUCAUGGGUAGACAUAUUGGUGGAGCUGUGAAUUAUGUUGCCAUUUCGGACGCUCUUGGGGUAUCUCCAUCAGUUUUAGCUGCUGGGCUAGCUGCAGAUAAUGUUAUUUGUGCAGUGUAUUUCACAUCAUUGUUUGCUUUGGCAUCUAAGAUUCCUGCUGAGUCUUCAGCAUCAAUCGAUGGUUCUGGAAUGGACAGCGGGUCUGAGUCAGGCAACAAGCUUCCUGUUCUGCAGACUGCCACUGCCCUUGCUGUGUCGUUUGCUAUCUGCAAGGCUGGAGAAUAUAUCACAAAGUUCUUUGCAAUUCCGGGAGGCAUCCUGCCAGCCGUUACAGCCAUUGUUGUUAUCCUAGCAACUGCAUUUCCAACCCAGUUCAAUCACCUUGCACCAUCUGGUGAGGCUUUGGCCCUGAUUCUGAUGCAGGUAUUUUUUGCUGUGGUUGGUGCAAGUGGAAACGUAAGGAAUGUGAUCAAUACUGCGCCCAGCAUUUUCAUGUUUGCUUUGGUCCAGAUUGCCAUUCAUCUUGCUGUGAUCCUUGGACUUGGAAAGCUAUUUCGCUUCGACCAAAAGCUGUUGCUAAUUGCAUCAAAUGCUAAUGUUGGAGGCCCCACAACUGCAUGUGGAAUGGCCACUGCUAAAGGGUGGAGUUCAUUGGUUGUUCCCGGCAUUCUUGCUGGCAUUUUCGGAAUUGCCACAGCGACUUUUCUUGGCAUUGCUUUUGGAGCAAAUGUUCUUCAAUACAUGUGCAAGUUUUAGAUUUGGAGGUAGCACAUUGUCCACUGCUAGCAAAACUCAAUAAUUUGUCGGGUUUGAGUUAUGUUCACGCACCAAAAAAAUCUAAAAUUGCAAGCUAAUGACCAAACACUCUGUAUUUUGAAAUUGGAAACGAGCAUCAAAUUGUAGAUUUGAAGUUAUUUAA